AUGACAAAAUUGCAUGCAAAUCCGCCCCCUCUGUCAGUUCCAAGAAGUAUCCCUCCUAUUGGUUUUGAUGAGGGGUAUAGGAGUCAAGGGAGAGUUAAUGGUUUAGGGCCAGGUUAUAAGUCAAGCUAUAACCAUAAUGGUCAGGGUCCAUCUUCUUCUUCCUUGCCUCCACCGGUUACCACACACCCAUUAACCUCUUCAAUGGGUAACAUACCUCCUUUAGGAGCAGAGAUUGGUGUCAGUCAUGCCAACUAUGGUAUUGAAAAUCUUCCAGAUCCUGCAUGCCACACACAAGCUGCUGCAUCCGCACAAAGGAUGUCCUCUCAACCUAUUGGCAUGAAUGGUCAACAAUCAUUUACACAAAAUGGAAAUUAUAACCAUUAUCCACAUGGAUACCCAAACUCUGUCCACCUUACAAAAGGUUCCUCAUGGAACCAAGGUCAGGCCAGUGGUCCAUAUGGAGAAAGAUAUCUAGCAAUGUCUCAACCCAAUCCUAAUAUGUUAGGAGGGACAAGCGUUAGAUAUAGGGGUUUCCACAAUCCUUAA